AAUUAACAGCUGUGUUGCAUUUUUAAAGCAAAUACAUUUUCAAAUCCCAAAUUUUAUUUCACAGGUCGCUUUCAGGAUUUUGAUAUUUUAAAAAACUAAACAUAAUGACAUCUUCCAACGUCGCUCUAUUCGUGGUCGCCGUUCUCGUGUUCGGGACAGUCGUCAACUCUCAGUCAGUGUACCAGCAGACCUACGGACAGGGUGUCUACUCCCAAUACCCAAGUAGUCCCGUCUCUAUUUGGAUUAUACCAAUUGUCCUAGUCGUUCUGGUCGUGAUACUGAUUCCAUCAUUGGUCGGAAGUUCUUGGAUUAUGGCUGACAAAAUGAAAACACGUCCACCUACACCGACCACCUCGAUACCGACCACCUCGACCACAACUAUGACUACACCGAGCACCCCAAUACCGACCACCUCGACCACAACUAUGACUACACCAAGCACCCCGAUACCGACCACCUCGACCACAACUAUGACUACACCGACCACCCCGUUUCCGACCACCCUGUUUCCGAUCACCCCGUUUCCGACCGCCCCGUUUCCGACCACCCUGUUUCCGACCACCCUGUUUCCGACCAGCUAGACCCCAACUAUGACUACAACUACCACACCUGAUGGAAGUGGAUAAGGGAGAUAAUUAAGACAACUGGCUGAGAUAUUAAA